AUGUUUUAUCUUGGAAUUUAUAAGUAUUUCUAAAAGUAGCCUUNUACCAAAGAAGUAUUUGAAAAAUGGAAAAUUGAUAGAGCUGAAAAAAAAAAAUAAGAUGCUGAAAAAUUAAAAUAAGAAGAAUCAAAGAAGAAAGGUUUAAAUUAUUUAUUUAAUCUUAGGUGCUAAAUAAACUGGAAGUAAUGCUCAAAUGACUGGAAGAGCACUUUUUGUUUAUGAUCCAAGUUUAUUCGUAGAUGAUGAUGAAGCAGAAAAAGAAUAUGAAAGAGAGGAAUAAAUUGAAGAAAAUGAUGAAGAAGAUGAAGAAGAUAAUGAAAACAAAUAAAAAUUAUAUGAAGGUGAUGAUAAUCAACAACAAAAUCAAGAUGAAGAUGAUGAUUAAUAAUUUAAGUAACAACAAUCAUGA